AGCGGGAGCGGGAGGAGCAAGAGAUGCUGCCAGCCCUCCCGGGGCCGCGCUCGCUCAGCCGCCGCCGCCACACGGAGCAGACGCGCGCCGGGAGCCGCGGGCCGGGCCAGCCGGGCCGCCGGGGCCCAGUGCGCCGCGCUCGCAGCCGGUAGCGCCGCCAGCGCCGUCGGCGCUCGCUCGGCAGCCGCGGGGCCCUAGGCCGUGCCGGGGAGGGGGCGAGGGCGGCGCCCAGGCGCCUGCCGCCCCAGAGUCAGGAUGAGCAUCGAGAUCCCGGCGGGACUGACGGAGCUGCUGCAGGGCUUCACCGUGGAGGUGCUGAGGCACCAGCCCGCGGACCUGCUGGAGUUCGCGCUGCAGCACUUCACGCGCCUGCAGCAGGAGAACCAGCGCAAAGGCACCGCGCGCUUCGGCCAUGAGGGCAGGACCUGGGGGGACGCGGGCGCCUCUGCCGCCGCUGCCGGGGGUGGUACCCCCAGCAAGGGGGUCAACUUCGCCGAGGAGCCCGUGCACUCCGACUCCGAGGACGGGGAGGAGGAAGAGGCGGCGCCCGCAGACGCAGGGGCGUUCAAUGCUCCGGUAAUAAACCGAUUCACAAGGCGUGCCUCAGUAUGUGCAGAAGCUUAUAAUCCUGAUGAAGAAGAAGAUGAUGCAGAGUCCAGGAUUAUACAUCCAAAAACUGAUGAUCAAAGAAAUAGAUUGCAAGAGGCUUGCAAAGACAUCCUGCUGUUUAAGAAUCUGGAUCCGGAGCAGAUGUCUCAAGUAUUAGAUGCCAUGUUUGAAAAAUUGGUCAAAGAUGGGGAGCAUGUAAUUGAUCAAGGUGACGAUGGUGACAACUUUUAUGUAAUUGAUAGAGGCACAUAUGAUAUUUAUGUGAAAUGUGAUGGUGUUGGAAGAUGUGUUGGUAACUAUGAUAAUCGUGGGAGUUUCGGCGAACUGGCCUUAAUGUACAAUACACCCAGAGCAGCUACAAUCACUGCUACCUCUCCUGGUGCUCUGUGGGGUUUGGACAGGGUAACCUUCAGGAGAAUAAUUGUGAAAAACAAUGCCAAAAAGAGGAAAAUGUAUGAAAGCUUUAUUGAGUCACUGCCAUUCCUUAAAUCUUUGGAGUUUUCUGAACGCCUGAAAGUAGUAGAUGUCAUAGGCACCAAAGUAUACAAUGAUGGAGAACAAAUCAUUGCUCAGGGAGAUUCGGCUGAUUCUUUUUUCAUUGUAGAAUCUGGAGAAGUGAAAAUUACUAUGAAAAGAAAGGGUAAAUCAGAAGUGGAAGAGAAUGGUGCAGUAGAAAUCGCUCGAUGUUCACGGGGACAGUACUUUGGAGAGCUUGCCCUGGUAACUAACAAACCUCGAGCAGCUUCUGCGCACGCCAUCGGGACUGUCAAAUGUUUAGCAAUGGAUGUGCAAGCAUUUGAAAGGCUUCUGGGACCCUGCAUGGAAAUUAUGAAAAGGAACAUCGCUACCUAUGAAGAACAAUUAGUUGCCCUGUUUGGAACAAACAUGGAUAUUGUUGAACCCACUGCAUGAAGCAAAAGUAUGGAGCAAGACCUAUAGUGACAAAAUUACACAGUAGUGGUUAGUCCACUGAGAAUGUGUUUGUGUAGAUGCCAAGCAUUUUCUGUGAUUUCAGGUUUUCUCCUUUUUUUUACAUUUACAACGUAUCAAUAAACAGUAGUGAUUUAAUAGUCAAUAGGCUUUAACAUCACUUCCUAAAGAGUAGUUCAGAAAAAAAUCAACAUACUGAUAAAAUGACUUUGUAUUCCACAAAAUUAUGACCGAAAGGUUUAUUAAAAUGAUUGUAAUAUAUAGAAAGUAUCUGUGUUUAAGAAGAUAAUUAAAGGAUGUUAUAGGCUAUAUGUGUUUUACUUACUCAAACUGAGAUAUUAGUGACUAUCCCCAUGUAAGAGGGCACUUGGCAAUUAAACAUGCUACACAGCAUGGCAUCACAUUUUUUUUUUUUUUUAUAACUCGUUAUACACAGUAACAUUUUAAUCAUUUUUGUUUUAAAGUUUUCUAGCUUGAUAAGUUAUGUGCUGGCCUUGGCCUAUUGGUGAAAUGGUAUAAAAUAUCAUAUGCAAUUUUAAAACUUUUUAUAUUUUUGCAAUAAAGUACAUUUUGACUUCGUUGGCAUAAUGUCAGUAACCUACAUAUUCCAGUGGGUUUAUGGACAGGCAAUUUAGUCAUUAUGAUAAUAAGGAAAAGAGUCUUUUAGAUGAGAGAUCAUUAAUGCAUUUUUCCCUCAUCAAGCAUAUAUCUGCUUCCUCUUUUUAUUUUGCAAUUCUCCAUAUU